UAAACCAAACACACCUCAUUUUGUGUACUCAAAAACCCUUGGCUAAGCCCCAACCACGGUACACUGUGACGUGGCGGUGGUCUAUUUCACCAGGAACACCAUUAGAAUUUUCUCAAUCAUCAUAAGCAGAAAUGAACACUAGACUGAAUGGAACCAAAAUGUUGCGCAAUUUCCUGAAAAAUAGAAGAUCAUAUUGCACAAGAGGUGGGGAUGGCAGUAAUCUUGAGAGCUCGAAAGUUCAAAUCUUUGAUCGCCAUCUCAAACGCAAACAACGUGAUCGGGCUGCAUGGUUGACAAACCGGAAGGAUCCUUUGGUCAAUACUGUGGCUGAUAACCUUAUUGAUCGCUUGGAGGAUGUCAAGAAGACAUUUCCUACUGCUUUAUGUUUGGGAGGUUCCUUGGAAGCAAUUAGGCGUUCAGUACGUGGACGUGGUGGCAUUGAAAAGCUAAUUAUGAUGGAUUCAUCAUAUGACGUGGUGAAAUUGUGUAAAGAUGCUGAAAAGGAUUUGUCAAGUGAUAACAUUGAAACUUCGUUUAUGGUAGGCGAUGAAGAAUUUCUGCCUAUGAAAGAACGGUCUGUUGAUUUAGUCAUAAGCUGCUUGGGCCUCCACUGGACAAAUGAUCUUCCUGGAGCAAUGAUUCAGAGUAGGUUGGCGUUGAAACCUGAUGGCUUGUUUUUGGCAGCUAUAUUUGGUGGAGAAACACUAAAAGAGCUGAGGAUUGCCUGCACAAUAGCACACAUGGAGCGUGAGGGUGGGGUGAGUCCCCGAAUAUCACCAUUAGCACAAGUAAGAGAUGCAGGCAAUCUGUUGACUAGGGCAGGUUUCACACUUCCAGGAGUCGAUGUUGAUGAAUACCAGGUUAGAUAUAAUAGUGCUCUGGAGCUAAUUGAACAUUUGCGGGCAAUGGGUGAAACUAAUGCUCUUGUAGAUAGAGUAAAAUUUUUGAAAAGGGAUACCGCUCUAGCCACCGCAGCUAUUUAUCAGUCGAUGUUUGCAGCAGAAGAUGGCACUGUUCCUGCAACUUUUCAGGUGAUAUACAUGACUGGGUGGAGGGAACACGAGUCUCAGCAGAAGGCCAAGCGACGUGGAUCUGCUACUGUAUCUUUUAAGGACAUUCAGAAGGAAUUUGGUGGUCAAACUUCAUGAAAGACAGUACUAUGCUUCUGUGUAACAAUAAAACACUGUUAUUCAGGUAUCGAUAACAGAUAUUUAAAAACCAUGUCGAAAAUUUAGAAACAGAAUUUAGAAGUUGAAUCAUUAACGCUAAUAUAUAUGUCUCAAUUUACAACCUUUAAGAGUUAUAAUCUUGUUGCCAGUUAUUUUCCUUCCUGAAAUUUUUGGUUCAAGGAAGAAUAGUAUGUAGUGUACUUUGUAAUGACCUUGUAGAGUUUCUAUUUGGGAAGAAAGGUGGACUCAUAAUCCUUGUUUA